AAAAUCCAAAUCAAAUCAAAUAACACAAAUUAAUUCUUAAUUUCCUUUUUUUUUUUUGCAUCAAUUCGAUAAUAAAAACUGGCGUUUUUUCUUCUUUCUCUCUACUUUGGCCAAACCCUAAUUUCUGGCCACUUGAACACAAUGUGUAACCGCAAAAAAACCCUAACGGAAUCGAUUCCUCUUUCACCACGAUCCAGUAAUGGUUCCAUUCUUACAAGAUCAGUGUGGAGUUCAAAUCUUGAUCACGAAUUCGAGUUGAUUCGAUCGUUAAUCGAUCAGUAUCCGCUAAUUUCAAUGGACACGGAGUUUCCCGGUGUGAUUGUGAGGGCGGAUCCCGGUGAUUCGCCGUUCAAGAACCGUGGCGCGUGUCUUUAUGCAGUGUUGAAGGCGAAUGUGGAUAGGUUGAAUUUGAUUCAGAUUGGGUUAACUCUUUCUGAUCAUAAAGGUAAUCUUCCAACGUUAGAUACUGAAAAUAGUUAUAUUUGGGAGUUUAAUUUUAAGGAUUUUGAUGUGGCGCGUGAUGAUCAUGCUGCUGAUUCUGUUGAGUUGUUGAGGAGACAAGGGAUUGAUUUUGAGAAGAAUCGUGAGUGCGGGAUUGAUUCUGUUAAGUUUGCUGAGUUGAUGAUGUCUUCCGGUUUGGUUUGUGCUGAUUCUGUUAGCUGGGUAACGUUUCAUAGUGCGUAUGAUUUCGGGUAUUUGGUGAAAUUGCUGACGCAGAGGCUGUUACCGGAUGAUUUGGAGGAGUUUUUGAGGCUGGUAAAGGUGUUUUUCGGUGAUAAGGUUUUCGAUGUGAAGCAUUUGAUGAGGUUUUGCACGAAUUUGCAUGGUGGAUUGGACAGGGUUUGUCGGAGUUUGAAGGUGGAGAGGCUUAUAGGGAAGAGUCAUCAAGCUGGUUCGGAUAGUUUGCUUACUUUGCAUGCUUUUCAGAAUAUCAGAGAGCUUUACUUUGGGAAAGCAGACGGGUUUGUCAAAUAUGCCGGUGUAUUGUAUGGAUUAGAAGUUCGCUGAUUAUUUAAUUUUUCACUUUUAUUGAUGGAAUUGAGUCAGUGUCGAUUUUGUUUUGGUUUUUUGUUUAUCCCUAUAGUGUCCGAAUUCGGGUGUAUCAAUUUCAUUAGGAAAUUUUUAUUCUAUGGGUUCUAAUAUUUUUGCAUUUUAUCUAAAUGACUAUAGUGUAGUAGGGCAUGAGGCAGUGCAAUUAUUCUUUGAGGAUGUGUUAAUACAUUUGAGUUAGAGGUUAGUGUUUUCCUAGGUACUUUUUACUAGACCGAGUUCUCAAUAGACUGAAUUUUUGCAUUACCUAUUGUUCACUAUUAUUGUAGACGUGAUUUAUUUAACAGAAACAAUUAUGUUGAAGUUGCA